AUGAUUGAUCCAAAUGGCAAGAUCCUGAAACAAAAGUAUAUUCCCCAAAGUUACUUCGUUACAAACUCUUGGCAAGGACCAUAUUCCUUGAUGAAAAUUGAAGAAUUAAAAUAUCACAUGGAAAAGUGGAAGACGGGUACGCUAGAAAUCUGCUGCCACGUAUUCGAUGAAACUCAUAAUCAAUUACCAUUUUUUUACGAAACACGAACAGAAAUCCAAGUGCAAAAGUAUGCAUUUGACUGGAACGUUACAGUCCCUCCAUACAAGGACUGGUCGAAAAAAAUAAACUGCUCUUUCCAAGAAGCGUACUCGUUUGAUAUCACUUUCACUGCACCUGAUAAAAAGAUUUGCGUACACAUUAGGAUACCUGAGGAACAACCACUACCUAGACUACACAAACUGAAAAUAUCUGUAUUAAACAAAAGAGGAACUUAUCUCUGUUUGCAAAACUCUAUUUAUGAAUUCCAACCAUCAGAAUUUGAAAUUUCAUUUGAGAAAAACCAACUUGAAUAUGUAACAGGGUCUCUUUACUCUUGUUCAUUUACAUUAGCAUGCACUAUUUAUGCACCUGCUGAAUAUAAGGAAAUGGUAUGUAACAGUUCUUUCCUGGAAAAUAUCUCUGGUGAGGAAUUACAACAGUUUCUGAUCCAGAGGCGCACUCUGUGUGAUGAUCUUAAGUGCAUGUAUGAAGACAAAAAACAUUCUGAUGUGAAAUUACGAUCAAACAAUGAGAUUAUGCAAGUCCACAAAUGUUUGCUGUCUGCUAGAUCUUCUGUGUUUUCCGCCAUGUUCGAUCAUGACAUGGUUGAAAAUCAGACUGGCAUUGUUGACAUUUUUGAUGUAGAUAAUGAAACUCUGCGAGCCCUUAUGGAAUUUCUGUACACUGAUACAAUCAAUAUUACUGAUUAUGAUCAGACCUUGAAGCUGAUAUUAGUGGCUGAUAAAUAUGAGGUGAAUAUUUUAAAAGAUGAAUGCUCAAAGCUGUUAAUGUCUAAGCUGUCUCCGCAUAACGCUUGUGAAGUGAUUUCUGUGGCUGAAAUGAUUCACCAGAAAGACUUAAAAUAUUUCGCAUUAGAUUAUAUAAAGGUAAACAAAAAAUUAAUUCUUUCGUUACCUGAUUGGACAGAAUUGGUAGAUAAAAACAAAAAAUUAGCUAUCGAGAUUUUGACUAAGUUGUCAAUUGAAUAG